UUCCGGUGGUUUAUAGAGAAAUAUCAGUGAAAUAAAAGUGGUAUUUCACUGUUUCAAACAGUGAAACAUAACAGUGAAAAAUAUCGUUAUUUUUCACUGUUUCAGUUAGAUACUGGAACUACUUCCCCAAUAACCCCAUGGUGAGCCUCAAUUGCAAUUUUCAUUCAAGGGAGACUAGUCUACUUGAACCUGAAACACACAUUUACCUCCCUUAAACAUAAUUAUUUCGUCUGCUGCUUAACUCUUUAACAACAAUGGAUGAAUUGGAAAACAAUGAAAUAAAUCUUCUUUUCUCAAAUAUCUUUGACUUUGAUGACUUUUUUAAUGAAAUGAAUGAACAAGAUGAUGACAGCGCUUCAAAAUCACAAGAAAUAACAUCAGCAGCACCAACAGCAGGAGCAGCAACAUCAGCCCCACUUCCACUGGUAACAGCAUCAACACAGGAAGAAAAAGAACAAAACCCAACAUCAACACCAACAAGGAAUUUCAGAUCUGUAAGUGUGGAUAGCUUUCUGCUUGAAAACGAAAAUUUAAAUACAAAAAAGAAAACCGACAAUGACAUCAGACUUUUCAAAACUUUCCUAAAAAGUCACAAAAAUGAGGCAAGAAAUAUUGAAAAUAUACCUCCUCAUGAAUUGAACCCUCUGGUCUGCGAGUUUUUGUUGGGUGUGACUAAAAAAGAUGGAUCAGAGUAUGAACCCACAUCUUUGAGGGCAUUUUUAAGCUCAAUCGACAGGCAUUUAAGGCACAUGAACUACAAGCACUCUUUGAUAAAUGACCCUGAAUUUGCCAAAGUGAGGGAAGUAUUAAAAAGUAAACAAAAAGCUCUGAAAAAAGAAGGUUAUGGAAAUAAACCGCAUCAAGCCCAGGCAUUAACAAAUGAACAUAUUGAAGCUAUGUACGCAGCUAAAACUCUGGGAGAAUCAAGCCCAAGAGCUCUAUUACACUCACUGUGGCUUAUAUGUACAACCCAUUUUGGGAUGAGAACCGGCAAGGAAAUUCACACCCUAUGCUGGGGUGAUGUCAGCCUUGGAAUCGAUUUUGAAACUGGUGAAGAAUUCAUCACCUUCGACACUGAGCGUCAGACAAAAACCCGUACUGGUGAAAAUCCUAGGGAUAUAAGGAAAGUCAAGCCACGGGCAUAUGCAGUUCCCGAACAACCUGACAGAGAUCCGGUGCAUCUCUACAAGCUAUAUGCCGACAAACGCCCUGUUGACAUGAUGACAGAAGACAGCCCCUUCUUCUUAACUCCUGGCAACAAGACACAGCAAUGCUGGUUCAGGAAGUCUGCCAUGGGAAUAAACAAGCUAUACAGCAUAAUGACCGAGAUGAAAACAGAUGCUGGUAUUCAAGAGCCAAGAAUCACCCCAUACAGGUCAAAACCCCAUAUUAUAUACACUACUUUCAUAACAAGACUAAAAUAUAUAAUAAAAAUCACUUACCUCCCAUUUAUUAAAUAGGUGUUGUUUGUCCAAUUUACAUGCUACAACACUCAAAAUUUUAAUUCAUAAAAUCUCCUGUACUCGACUAGUACUAUUCCUCUACUUUCCGGUUCCAUUACAUCCAGUACUUGACAGACCACCAUGUAUUUAUUGAAGUGUUUCAAGAGCACACAAAACAAUUACAACUUAUAUCUUAUGUAAUAUGUCAUGUGUACCGUUGAAUAUUGAUUUUAUUUUUACCAUAGAAAUAAACUUUUUUCAGUGCAAGAAAGCACUUGAUUCAGAAGCUGAAUGACGAGAAUGUUCCUGCUCAUCAAAUAAUACAGAUUUCAGGGCACAGAAAUAUUAACAGCUUAAAUAAUUACAGCAGUUUGAACAAGGAACAGUCAAAAAAUAUUUCAAAAAUACUUUCUCAUUCAAACCAGUCAGUUGAAAAGCACAACCGCACAGCCACUGCCACUGCGUCAGCCACACCUGCAUCAAGUGAUUUUCCGAUGGCCCGAGGAUUUUUUGUCAACUCACAUUUCCAGGGCAAUGUAACAUUUAAUUUUCACAACUCUGAAUCUUACAUGGGCCUUUCCCAGACACAGAACGUAGUCAAUCACCAGAGGCAAUCUCCAUCCCGUACACCGGCGGUAACCGUAGAUUCCCCUGUACAGCGACACUACAAGCGAAUCCGUCUUAUUGCAGAGAGUGACAGUGAUUGAUAUCGAAACCAUUUAGCACAAAAACACUGUUGAAAUAUGUUUGCGUUCCUAGUUUAAUCCAGUUAUGUGUUAUUAAUCCAGCAAGUCGUAAAAGUGUUGUUCAACAUGGCGAGCACUUUCGUAACUUUGAGAUCAGUUGAAUACACAAAUUACUACGCCAGUAUAUGCAACACUAUUAAUUUCGUAAUAAUUUAAAUUAAACUAUUGUUUGUAAUAAUAUUGAAUGUAUAAAGUAUGAAAAAGAUAUAUGUUGAAUAAAACAUUGAUUUUAAUAGUAAUACACUUUUUACAGAUGUGAACUAUUUUCUUGUGUAGUAAGUUCUUUGUGCGUUCUAAAAAUUGAGGCACCCCACGGGGAAACUUAAUGAGGCAAAUUCGGAAAAUUAACAAAACUACAAAAAUAAGCAUAAAAUAAAAAGAAAAUUUGUUGGUUUCGGUAGCAUAUCGAAUUUAAUUCACUCGUGAUCAUAGAAAAAAAUAUUUUCACUCGUGGCUACGCCACUCGUGAAAAUAUAAAUUUCUAUGAU